UGUGGAAAUGUGAAAAAUUGAGAGUUUUAAAGUUUUUCUUUUGAUUUCUUGUCAGUUUUGUUUGAGGCUUUCUGUUUUCAGCUAUGGCCAUUUACAUACGAUGUGUACUGUAAAGUUAUAAGCAGUGUAAAGUGCAGUGUUUUUUCUGUUGCUGAUUGCUUCUCUGCGUUGUACGAUAUCUGCCUUUUGUGGAGAUCUGAGUGAAAAGAUGGAAGACAAUUUAGACAAACCUUCGUCUGACAACCAAGAAGCCAAGGCCGAGACCGAAUCAAAGGAUAGCAUGGAAAAACUUUCGGGCAGUCAAGGUGAGCCGAGCACUGUGGAUACUUCACAAACUGCGCCAUUAACUUCUGCCACAGAAGCUGCUGAGAAUGCAGCGGAUAGUAAGGACACCUCUUUAAUUAGCAAUGAUGACACUGCACUCGCCGUGCAAACUCCUGGUAAAGUCGAAGAAACACAGGGAAAUCCUGCUGUAUCCGUCACUCUACCGGAAGACGCUGGGCAGCGCUCACGAUCCAAUAGUGCGAAAUCUGGUGUUUCGGGAAGCCAGCCAGCCAAAACCAUAUCUGAAAAUAAAGGACUUUCUGUCGGCACCCCACCUGGAUCGCCUGUGACACCGGAAACUGCCGAUCCGAGCGCGCCUAGUUUUGAAAGACAAGGCACACCUGACCCAGAUGGAAAAUCUGGUCGUCCACGGACCGGAAGCAAGCCGGACCGUUCCCGGCGACGUCCUGUAGACUAUCCCGGAAGUCCACAGACUAUUGUGUCUGAACGUCAGCAGUUGGCUCUUUUAAAACAACAGGCCAAAUCUGCCGAAAAACAGCAGUCCCCUGAUCCGUCGUCUCGAGAACGUCCCGGAACGCCUUCCGGCUCCAGUACAUCGUCCAAGGACGGCAAAGAAAGUCGUGUUCGGCGUGAUCCUAAAGGCGAAACCCCUCUACAUGUGGCCUGCCGCAAAGGGGACAUGCCUACAAUUCGGAAGCUUAUGGAAGAAGGAGUGGAUGUUAACGCUGCUGAUUAUGCGGGAUGGACACCAUUACACGAAGCUGCCAAUCAUGGACGCGAGGAUGUGAUCAAGAUACUGUGCAAAAACGGUGCAAAUAUCCAUGCGAAAGGGGGCGCAAAAGCAAUAACUCCGUUAAUGGAUGCGGUGAUCAAUGGGCAUCAAAAUAUUGUGAAAUUCCUUUUGCGUGUUGGAUGCGAUCCGAAAGCGGUAGAUGCGGAUGGGAAGACUUGCCUGCAGUUGGCCGAUAAGAGUGACGAGAUACGGACGAUUUUGAAAAAUUUUGUUGAAUCCGGUGAUAAGCCGGGCGGAACGUUCACCGGGACAGUGUAUGCGAAGCGGUCCCGUGACGAAGAAGCUCGGAAGUCUGGCUCAGAUGAAUCGAAAAGCAGCACGAAAUCUGGUAAAAAUCUGCUUGAAGAUUUGCAAGGAAGCUCGACGGGAAAAGAAGUUGGAUCAUCUGCUGCAGAACCGAAAGCGGAACACGACAACAAAGACGAUGCUGCCGAACCCACGGCUCGUCCAGUUAGUGGUAGUAGUGCUGGUAGUGGUGGAUCUGAUAGUAUUCACGGCAAACCUCCACUUGCGGCAACGCCAAGUCAAGAAUCACAGUACGAAGAUAUUAGUGAUGACGAGGAGCCCAAAUCGCCGGCUCCAGCCCCCAUCGUACCUAGCCUAACGCCACCGGCAACCAGUCCAAAGCCGACUAGCCUUCCGAAUGUGUCAGCUCCCAUAACUCUUACCGUGGCUGGCCAACCAUGGAAUCCGCCCUCGGCGGUAUUUGUAUCACAGGCAGCUCCAGCGCCAUCAACCACAUCAACACCUCCAUCAUCUGUCAGCAUUCUUCCGUCCGUGAUCUCUUUUCCAUCCGUGAUAUUUGCACCCUCCGUACCCAUAACGACAUCCGCAGCGCCUUCUAUCGUUGUUAUUCCACACGAAACCAACGCCACACCAGUUAUUUCUUUAUCGAGCACAAAAAUGCCAGAAACCACUGAAUCCCCUAAAGCACCGGAAACCGUAGCGUUGCCGGCUAAUCAGACGACUUCUGCGAUUACUGCUGAAGCUCCGGCAGAAAUACCCGAUACAAUAGCUACGGCUGCGAAAACGGUUGUGGAAAGUAUGCCGCCGACUAAGGAAGCUUCGAUUAUGCCGCCAACUGAUACAGUGCCACCAUCGCCAGCGGAUGCAGUGCCAGUCAGCUCUACGUUGUCCAGUGAAAAUAAGCCAGCCGUCGAAGCUUCUAUGCCGAUUGCGGCUCCCUUACCGCUGCCUCCGUCUGUAGUGACUCCGCUACCGGAACCGGAAGUCCAGGUUACAAAGGAAGCCUUCGUUCCAACCCCUUCAGUAUCUGUACCUACCGUUGAAACGAAACCCAUGACUUCGAUCCUCCUGCCCAUUGUGUCUUUGGGUAGCGCCCCUUCAUCGACCCCAACUUCCGUUAUCACUGCGCUAUCACCCAGCACGACUGCCGCUUCCGCUGGUAUCAAACCAACCACUACGUUACCCGAACCGGCCACCAGUACAAAUUUGACGACGCCGACUGAUACGCCCACAACAGCUGCAGUCGUCCCGCAAAACCAGCCAUCGCUGAUAAUCCGGCCGGUCGGUCCCGCAAAACCGCAGUCCUUAUCGCUGGCGGUGCGGGUUUCUCCGCUAACUUUGGGCAUCCCACCUGCUCUGCCCAUUCCCGCCAUCUCCUUAACAACUCCCGUCGGGAGCGCUGGGAUUAACCAAACCGGAAGUAUUCCCGAUAAAAGCUCCCGAAAAGGGCAAGAUGGCCGAAAAGAAAUCUCGGAUAAGGAGAAAAUAGGUCAACAGAAAUCCCCAUUUGCGGUGUCGCCGGAUCGGAUAAUGCUGUCGCUUAAGAAGCCACCUAACAAUAAGAAGGAGGACGUGCCCGUUAAGAUGGAACCCGGAUCUACUGCUCCUUUGGGAAUUUCCGAAGGCGAGGGCGGUAAAAUAAAAAUGGAAGAAGGUCCAGUGGCAUCAUCAUCGAAGAAGAAGGAAGAUGCCACUCGCAAACCAAUGACCCGUCAGCGCGCUCAAGCUCAAGUUACCAGUGGGCCAUCACAACCCGGUGGUCAUCGGAAAAAAUCUCCGAAAGACGAAAAACAGUUACGUGGUCGAGCAACUAAACGCUCGCUGUCCACCAUGCCACCGUCAAUGGAACAAGCUUCGAAAGAUGCGCAGCCAGCCAGUGAGGAGCCGCGGCAGAAGAAACCUCGUGGAAUAAUAGCUAAAAAGAUGAAGAAUUUGCGCGACGAAUCACUUCCGCCGAAGCUUAUGAUUGAAUCUCCACAAGAAUACAUGGAAUCGUCAGCAAGAUUACCACUGAAGAAACGCUUCACCAUUCGAAAUGAAAUCGAAGAAUUUGUUACACAGCGGAGACAGGUCGAAGAGAACUGGAGAAACUACACGAACAAUUUUCCGAUGAAGGCAUUCCCCAAAAACUGUAGUGAAUAUUUAAUUAUGCGAAAGAACUAUUCUGUGGAGGCUCAGCUACCUAAGAAGUUGGAACCACCCUUAGGAUUGGUGCCGGAACUGAAAACGUUCUUCUCCCAUCAAGAGGAUGAGCGACAAAAUCUUAUGCGCCAACAUGUUAUCGAGCGCGAUCGUCUGAUCAUGGGAGCCGAACAAGAAAUGAUGCGGUUGCAUCAACGCUUCUGCCGCAUUCAGGCAGGCAUAACCAUCCCGUAUAGUGCCUGCAUGAUUAUUAGCGAACAGGAGGCAAACCGGUCGUUCCAGAAUCAAGAUCUGGAUGAGAAAACGAGAAGUGCCACGAGGAAUCGUAUUACCAUGCGUGACUUGAUAAAAUGGCUCGAAGAUUCCGAUGACAAAUCCGAUUAUGCUAAGAAGGAAAUGCUGACCAGGCAUCGCUUGGAGGCACGCAUGUUACGUUCGAAGCAGCGUCUGGACUGGAUGUGGAAACUGGAGGAUCUGGGCAUGAGCGAACCGGGCAGCAAUCGCAAUCCGGAAGAGCGCGAGAAUCCAUACGUGCCCGAAGUGGUGGUGGAGGAUUUUGUUAUGCUUCCGGAUCAGUGACAUGGACACGUUUAUUGGCACAUUCAGUAUUUUGGUUGUAUCACAACGGUGAAUCAAAAUAGAUUUUGUAAAAAUUGCAGAUAAUAAAGUGACGGUCAUAUCUGUUUAUAUUUACAUGGUCAGUGUUUUAUGUAAACGUUGAACGUUGAUGAUGCUUGAUGAGCGUAGUUCAUAUUUGGUCAAAUCACGCCGUCCGCGAUGAGUUGAUCUCCAGCCGUGUUUGCACACGAGCUAAUUGAAUUUGCAUGCUUUCCAAUUGAUCCUGUAAGUCCUGAUUAAGCGCUUUCUGCCGUUCAACUUCACUGGCAUGGUCGUCGGAAAUUUGGCGAGCAGCCGUUAAUUCUUGGUUAAGGAGGCUAAUUUGCGAACGGAGACAAGCCACCUCGGAUUCGUAAUGCUCUAAUCGCCGUAUGGCAUGGCCUAGUUCGGUCAUCUGGUCCUGGAGAUUUUUCUGCAGACGCUGAUUAUCGUGGCGCAAAUCUUGUCGUUCCUGUGUAAAAAUGCGUAAGAUAUAAAAAUAAUUCAUCGGAUGCGGUUGCUCCACAUCCGGUCAACAGUCUCAAAUACUCGACAUUUUCCUGUUUGACGGCAAAUAUAAUUUAUGAGGUUUGCUACACUUAUGACACAAAUUACCGGCUCGGCGUCGCUGUAGAAAGUGUUCCCAUUGACGCCGGAAAUACUCUUUCUUCUAUCUAAUUUUAACUGCUGUAUACGGCUCUGCAGCACAUCGCAGUAAUUCCGUAAUCGACGCGUUUCUCUUUCCAGCGAAAGCUUUUCGGUUUCGGCGGCCAUGCAUUGAUUCUGAGCGCACGAGACUUUCUGCUGCCAGUCUUCAACCUGCAUAAAAUUAAAUGGCGUAAUAA